GUCAAUUGUCAAUUGAACUUGUCAUCAGUAUUUCUUGAAACACGCACUUCUUUUUUCAUAAUAUUGUGUUUUCCAAGAUCUAAUUUAACAAACAGCUAUGAGUGCCACAACAGAAGAAUCGACAUCAGCACCUAAAGAGAUGACGUUCGCUGAGAAACAAGCUGAACGCUUGAAGAGGCUGAGAUCUUUGCACACAGCCAGAAACGAAGCAAGGACGCACAACCAUCAGGAGGUAGUCGCUGAAGAGGCCAGAAAUAAAUUACCACCUAACUACGAAGCGAAAAAGCGACAAGCUGAAUGGCUGCUCGACGACCAAGCAAAACGCGAGGAGGCGGAGAAAUCGGGUAAAGAUUACGACAGAGUGAAAUUACUCAACAUAUCAGCAGCAGAGGCUGAACGAUUGGAACGUAAGAAGAAGAAAAAGAACCCCGACGAAGGUUUCUCAACUUACGAACAAGCUACCAUUAGACAGUACAAUAGACUAGUCAAAAACAUGCCACCGACAGACAUGGAACAAUAUGAGAAACAGAAACAAAAGUAUGGUGAUGCUUUCUAUGGUGGGCCUAAUGUCAUUAUUCAUGGUAUGCAUGAGGACAGAAGAGAAGCGGUGGACAAAAUGGUGGAUGACUUGGAAGGGCAGAUUGCCAAGAGAGCACGCUACUCGAGAAGACGUACACACAAUGAUGAUGCAGAUAUUGACUACAUUAACGAGAGGAAUGCCAAGUUCAACAAGAAACUUGAGAGAUUCUAUGGAGAACACACAGCUGAGAUCAAACAGAAUCUGGAGCGUGGUACUGCCAUUUAAUAGUGAGAUGCAACCUGCAUAUUAAAUGCAAUUUAACUGUAAAUAGUAUUUUAUAUUCGCUAUUAGAACUAUAGCAUUUGCAAUAUAAGUCUGAUUGCAUUCUGAGCUUGUUUAGUUGUAUUGAACACUGUUUUGUGUAUAUUAGUUUACCAACCUCCUUAGAUAGACUGUACUUUGUCAUACAAUAUUUUGGGUUGGAUCUGUUCAUAUCUUCAGCAAACAAAUAUGCCCAUGUCAAUAUGAUUAUUAGGAAGUGUUUGCUUGAAAAAAAGAUGGAUUAUUAUGGUUACUCUACGACUUAUUUUGGUGUGUUUCUAACCAUAUUUGAUAGACUCAUCGUAGGAUAUCUAUAGUUGGCUUGUGUAAGAGUAUGCUAAACUCACAGUUAUUCUAUGAUGUAAAAAAACAUCAGAAAGUUUUCUAAAGUGUUCAUAAUUUUAGGAAAUUAGAUUAAAAUUUUGAAUAUAGUUGUGGUUAAAAUUGUCCUCCAUUGUACUUUUAGAUUUUAGGAAUUGUAAUUAACUAAUUUGUUAAAUAAUAAUUAUGUAUAUCAAGCUUGUAUUUCUUGAACUGUUAGUACAAUACCUAGGGUAUAUGACUCCUUUUCAAAAUUAUUAGAUCAAAAAGUAACAUUAUACAAUAACAAUUUUAGAAUCCAUUGAGAAAUAAGUGAUUUAUGAACGUAUCAAAUAACAACAUAAAUAGGAUACACAUAGUUUUUGUAUAUUUGUCCUCGUUAUUAAAUUAUACAUGUGCAAAGAAAUAGUGAGAUAUCCUUACCAUGGGUCCACACAAAUGUUAAUACUUAAUUUAUUCAGGUAUCCUAUAAAAUCUCAUGUGCCUAUGCAUUUGCAAAAGUAAAACAAAUAAAGUAAACAAAUUUUAAUAACAAGUUUAUUUUGAUAAAUGUGCCGAUUAAAUAAUAGUAAUUAUAUAUCAAAUAGAUACUUUACAUUAAGUAAAUAUACUAUGAAAGUGCUAAA